AUGGCAAAAAGAUCUUUUAUAAGCUCAUCAACUAAUCUCGACUAUGAUGUGAUCAUAAUUGGUGCCGGCAUCUCCGGCAUCAAUGCUGCCUAUCGAUUACAAAACCAAGCUCCGCCAGGCACGACUUACAUCAUCCUCGAGGCACGAGACACCAUCGGCGGUACCUGGGAUUUAUUUCGCUAUCCAGGUAUUAGAUCUGACUCAGAUAUUUUCACUUUCGGAUUUUCAUGGAACCCAUGGCCAAAGCAAGAGACCCUCGCCAUGGGACCAGAAAUCAAGCAGUACAUGAUUCAAUCUGCCAAGGCGGCCGGGAUCUACGAGAAUAUUCAUUUCAAAAAUAAGAUGAGGUCGGCGAAUUGGGUCUCACAAGAUGGCUGCUGGGAGUUAUCUGCCUGCAUCAACGGGAAUGAACGCACUGUGGUCUAUCGAAGUCGUUUCAUCUUUCUCGGUACUGGCUACUAUGAUUAUGAACACCCACUCCAGGCACCUAUACCGGGCAUUGGCGACUUUCAAGGCAAGGUAAUUCACCCGCAGUUCUGGCCCGAGGAUUACGACUUCAUUGAUAAGAAUAUGGUUGUUAUUGGCAGUGGAGCGACUGCAAUAUCUAUUGUUCCUGCUGUUGCUGGCAAGACGAAACACGUCACGAUGCUGCAACGGAGUCCGACAUACAUUUACCCGCUUUCUAAUCGCCUCAAGUCUACCACUGUAUUAUUUCAUAUGUUCCCAAAGAGGGUCGCCGAAGGGGUAAUCAGGAUGCUUUGGAUACUUGAAGGUUAUGCGAUGCUUGCUCUUUGUCGCAGCUUUCCCAAUGCCAGCAGAAAGCACAUUAGGUCUAUCAACAAGAAACUGCUACCGCCUGACUUUCCAAUAGACCCCCAUUUCGAGCCGCGUUACAAUCCGUGGCAACAGCGCCUCUGCGUCUCUAUGGAUGGUGAUAUAUUUGCCGCAAUACGAUCGGGCAGAGCUAGCAUCGUAACCGACGUUAUUGAAACAGUCACCAAGGAUAGCAUUCGGCUAGCUUCUGGGGCCACAUUACACCCUGAUGUCAUUGUAACCGCGACUGGGCUUAAAGUCAAAUUUGGGGGUGGUAUACAGUUCUCCGUUGACAACAAGCCUGUUGAUCCAACUGAGAGCCUCGCCUGGAGAGCCUGCAUGCUACAGGAUAUUCCAAACUUGAUCUUUUCCUUCGGCUACGAGAACGCGUCUUGGACUCUUGGCGCAGACUGCGCCGCUCAACUUCUCACUCGUUUCAUGUGGGAGCUUGACAAGCGCUCGCUUACGGCCGUGUCGCCGCAUCUUAGGGAGGGAGAUAAGAAGAUGGAAGCUAGACCUUUGUUUAGUCUAUCUGCGACGUAUCUAAAGAAUAUCAAGGGUAGUCUUCCGAUGGCAGGUACAGAGGGCCCUUGGAGACCAAGAUCCCAUUAUGCGGCGGACUUUAUUGCUGCCAAAUGGGGAAGCCUUGAAUCCGGUUUGCUUUGGGAGUAG